AAUUUAUUUUCUUCUCAAGCAACACAGAUGGUCAAUAGGUUGUUUCUAAAGACACAUGAGUAAAAUGGAUAGAGGCAAUCAAUCUGUGGUGUCAGAAUUUGUGAUUUGGGGACUUUCCCACUCACAGAAUCUUCAAGUCUUACUCUUUGUGAUGUUUUUGAUAUUAUAUCUUCUCAUCGUGUCUGGAAAUAUUGUCAUCAUGGUCUUAAUCACCACUGACCCCCAUCUCCAUUCCCCCAUGUACUUCCUGUUGGCCAACUUGUCCUUUGUUGAUAUGUGGCUUUCCUCAGUCACCACUCCUAAGAUGAUCACAAACUUUCUCAGGAAACACAAAACCAUUUCAUUUUCAGGCUGCAUGUCCCAGGUCUUCUUUGCCCAUUGCAUUGCUGCAGGAGAGAUGGUGUUGCUGGUGGUAAUGGCUUAUGACCGCUAUGUGGCCAUCUGCAAACCACUCCACUACUUCACCAUUAUGAACCUGAAAAGAUGCACUGGGUUGGUGUUGACUUCCUGGACCAUUGGCUUUGUGCAUGCCAUGAGUCAUCUUGUAGUGAUUGUGGAGCUGCCUUUUUGUGGACCCAAGGAAAUUGAUAGUUUUUUCUGUGACAUGCUAUUGGUAAUCAAGCUAGCCUGCAUAGAUUCCCAUGAUCUGGAUAUUUUAAUGAAUGCUGACUGUGGACUUGUGGGUGUAACCUGCUUCAUUCUGUUGCUCAUUUCCUACACAUAUAUCCUUAUCACUGUUCGCCAGAGCUCUAAAGCUGGUGCAUCUAAGGCUCUGUCCACAUGUACUGCCCACCUCACAGUAGUGAUGAUAUUUUUUGUGCCCUGCAUCUUCAUCUAUGUGUGGCCACUCGAUAUCACCUGGUUAGACAAAUUUCUUGCUGUGUUUUACUCUGUUUUUACACCUCUCCUAAAUCCAGCCAUUUAUACACUUAGAAAUAAAGAGAUGAAAAAUGCUAUGAAAAGGUUUAUUAACAACUACGUGGAUUCCAAGGAAAACUACUAA